AUAGCAGCAUUUCAUCUCACCGGCCGUCGCGACGGUGGAUUCCACGUGGCUGUGAGACGAGGACGCCAACUCGACUGCAGGCCGGGCGAUGCGAGUCGAUGCGGUCCGUCCGUCGGUCGUUAACGUCGCACUCCUUCCUACCACCCCAUCGCCGACCUCCUUAUCCAUAUUCGCCAUGUCCGACGGAACUGUCCCACCCGGCGUGGCUAGCGGCGCCGUUGCGAACCGCAACGUUGGAGGUGUUCGUCGUGCCCAAACAUCAAACAAUGCCGUCGAGUCGCGCCCCAACUCAACCCGCGCAGCCGGAGCAGGAGGCAGCAGCAACACUAUGCUUAGGAUCUACACCGAUGACAACAAGGGAUUGAGCGUGGACCCGGUAAUCGUCCUUGUCCUGGCCGUCUCCUUCGUAUUCAGCGUUGUAUGCCUGCAUGUCAUUGGCAAGGUGGCCAGGAUCUUCUUCAAGUAGAGAUGGAAUCAGUUUGGUCGGAGGAUACUUGGUCUCAGAGGUGCAGAGGACGAUGGGCAAAACUCAACGUUGAGGCUAGAUCGACUUCAAUGCCAUCCUUCUCACUCAAUCACCACACUCGACUCGA